AUGGGUGCGUUGACCAAGCAAGAAAUCGACGUGCUUAUCAUCAUUGAACGCACCACAGCCUCCAUCUCGGUCACUGGAACACUUAUUCUGCUAGCAACGUUUAUAUUCAUCAAAGAGUUCCGGACGCUUUCGAAUACAUUGAUUUUCUAUGCCUCGUUUGCCAAUCUUUUCGCGAGUGUGGCUGUUCUUAUAGGAGGGUCUGCACUUUCGCAUGUCGACGGGGCGUUGUGUCAGUUCCAGGGCUUUUUGUUGGAAAUGUUUAUGCAGUCAGAUCCUAUGUGGAGUUGUGCCAUGGCGGUUAAUGUUUACUUGGUCUUCUUCCGGCGCUAUGAUGCUCAUCGGCUAAAGAAACUAUAUUGGGUGUAUGGGCUUAUAUGUUAUGGGCUUCCCUUUGUCCCAGCUCUGUUCUGUCUGGUAUACAAGACGGAAGUGAAGGGUAAGAUGUAUGGAAAUGCAACUCUCUGGUGCUGGAUAGACAACGAGUGGGCCGCCAUAAGAAUCUAUUCCUACUACGCGCCCAUCUGGCUAGCCAUCCUCGCAGCCCUCAUAAUCUACGUCCGCGUCGGCGUCGAGAUCUUCCAGAAACGCUCUCAGCUCAGAGCCAUAAGCGGUCCUGGCGAUGGCGAUGGCACCCUGACAUCGACCAGCCACGCCGAACCAGCCUUCACCGGGAUCCGCACCACGGAAAUCGAAGUCGUGACCACGGCCGAGCACGGGGGCAGCUGCAAGUCUCCAGUCGGCACAACAACACCAGCAGCGACGUACACACGGCCCGAGAAGCCAGCCGCGGGCAGAGACCAAUACACCAUCACCAUUUCCGCGCAGGACAGCAGCCGACCUCCGCCUCCUGCCACGACGCCGAGAGGAACCUUAUUCCCCAAGCGGCCGAGCGGGGUGGACAAGAUAAAGUGGGCGUACACGAAAUGCGCGCUGCUGUUCGCCAUCUCGAUCCUGAUCACCUGGGUCCCAGCAAGCGUGAAUCGAGUAUACGGACUGCGGUACCCCAAGGACCCGUCGUUCGCGCUGAACAUCUGCUCGGCGGUCGUGCUGCCGCUGCAGGGCUUCUGGAACACGGUUAUCUAUUUCACGACCAGUCUGUCUAUAUGCAGGGGCGUGCUGUUGGCGAGGGUUGAGAGCAGGAAACAGGCUAGGGGGGUUGGCUUUGCGGUCUUGGAGGGAAAUGAGAGGGGAUACGGAGGGAAGAGGAAGACUGAGAGUACCAUUGAAUUGAGCCAUAGUCGGAGUCUGGGGAGCAUGUCCGAGUCUGUAUAG